GCGAUCGAAUAUCCUCAUGCUGUUCUAGAUUCUUGCGUGGCUUCUCUUGCGCGUUUUCUUUACGUGUAAAUUAUGCGGUUCCAGUUUAUUCGCUUGUUCAAUUUUGAUACAACUCCACCUACCCUUUUGUCAUUCGUUGAUUUUUCUUAAUAGUUCGUCAUUGUUCUUUCAUAUCCCGCUGGCGUGUCUCGAUUUUCACGCACAUUCUGGGAGAUCUGGGUUUUCUUGAAAUUUGAUUGUUGUAAUUUUUUUUUGCCUAGGAGGUUUUGCAUUGAAUUUCUUCGAUGAGUUCGUUUUCCGGGGCCAUUCAGCGUCCUCUGGUAGCUGCUGCUGCUGUUGCUGCGGCUUCUUUCUCUGUUGACCUCUCGGAUAAAUUGCCGUUGCCAUCUCGUGGUGCAUCGGAUGUUUGUUCUACCACGGAUUUGGCGAAUUCUUCGGCUUUUAAUCCCAUUCAUGGUUCAAGUUCGUCAUGGGUUUCUCAUAUUUCCGAUUCUAAGCUUGCUAACCUUUCUUUUGUUACCCGAAUUCGAGUGCCAGUUCCUAAUGUAUAUUUCCAUGUGCCAACUUUGGACCCCGAUUACGUUUCAAAUUUGCACUAUUCUUUUGUUGCUUCGUCUCCACUGCUUCACAGUUUAUAUCACUCUGCUGGCUUGCCCAAAGCAUCCAGGCCAUUGGCAUAUUCCAAAAGUAUAUCGUCUCCACCUUCUGAGGUUAUGUACCUAUGGCAUUUGCCUGAGGUAAAUGCUUCGGGUCUUUUAGGUGAUUCCAACUGUUCAAUAGAGAAAUCAAGGACAGUGGUGGUUUUAUUGGGAUGGUUGGGAUCAAAGCAGAAGCAUCUUAAGAAGUAUGCAGAUUGGUACACUUCAAGAGGGUUUCAUGCCAUUACGUUUACCUUUCCAAUGGGCGAGGUUCUAAGUUACCAGCCAGGAGGGAAAGCAGAACAAAAUGUUCAGUUGCUAGUGGACCACUUGGCAGGCUGGCUGGAAGGGGAAGGUGAAAAGAAUCUAGUAUUUCACACUUUCAGCAACACUGGAUGGUUAACAUAUGGGGUUAUUUUGGAGCUGUUUCAGAAGCAUGAUCCGUUGAUAACGAAUAGGAUUAGGGGCUGCAUUGUAGAUUCUGCGCCUGUUGCCUACCCUGAUCCAGAGGUCUGGGCUUCAGGUUUCUCUGCAGCAUUUCUCAAGAAAAAUAGUAUGGCUACAAGAGGAAGCUCAUCCUCAAGUUAUAAAGACAUCGAGGCAUCACUUGCCAGGGAUGAACCUGCAGCAACUGAAGCAGCUUUGCUGUUAAUACUUAAGAAAUUUUUCAAGGUGGUUCUGAAUCUUCCGGCGGUGAAUAGGAGGCUCACUGAUGUUUUGAACAUGUUGUCUUCAAAGCAACCUAGCUGUCCUCAGUUAUACAUCUACAGCUCAGCGGACAGGGUUAUACCAGCAGGUUCAGUGGAAUCAUUUGUGGAGAAACAGCGUAAGGCCGGGCAUGAUGUGAGGGCAUGCAAUUUCGUAUCCUCACCCCAUGUCGAUCACUUCAGAAAUGACCCAAAACUGUAUAGUUCUCAGCUUGUCCAAUUCUUUGACGAGUGUGUGCUCACUCGUUCCAAGUCUUCUCACUAGCUCUUGGCUGUCUUUUACUCACAAGCCCUAUAGUUGAUUCAUUCUCAAAGCAGCCGUCCUUGAUUGAUGGUGCUUAUGACUGUAAUGGUUGAACUGGUGCAUUUAUAAUGCAAACGAGACGUAGUUCUGCCUA